AUGUCACUGCUCUCGCUCAUCCACGAGCGACUAGCCUCGAGGGGCCCGUCACUGGUGCAGGACACAGCGACAGCGGCAGCUUGGAGUUUGCUGGAUUAUGUCGCUGCUGUAGGCUUGGGUUGGUAUGUGGUGAUAUGGAGCAUCUCCAUCCUCGGUCUGCGAAUAGCCAAGAGGCUCUACACUCCUCCCAUUCCCACAUCGCCCCUCUCUUCGCUACGAGCAGAUCAGCGGAUGCCAAGCUCGGGGGUGCAAAGUGCAGCGCCCGCAGCGCCAGGCGUCUCCAUCCUUCGACCCCUUGCUGGCCUGGAUCACAACCUUUGGUCCAACCUGGCUUCGUCGUUCGAGCAAAGGUAUGCAAAAGACUCGUUCGAGAUCAUCUUGAGCGUAAAGGAUGAGCAGGAUCAGGCAUUGGAAGUGGCCAGAGAUGUAGUUGCCAGGUAUCCGCAAGUGCAGAGUCGCAUCGUCAUUGGUGAGCAGCGAGCAGCGUCUGCUUUUGCGUCAGUCGGACAUGAAUGGCAAUCCUUCCUCGCUGCGGAUUUGCUGACCCGCUGAGGGUGCUCUAUGCACACAUGCACCCACCACCAGGCGACGAGGAAGCAGGGGUGAAUCCAAAGAUUAACAAUCUGGUCAUUCCCUACAGCCUGGCCAGGUUCGACAUCAUCUGGGUGCUGGAUUCCCAAUGUUGCCUCUCUACGACGGCGCUAGGUCGAGCAGUGGACGCUCUGACGCACUCUCCACCUCCCGUUCCCUCUCCUCGCUUCCUUCGGCGUCUCUCCAUCUUUGGCGGCUCAGCCUACGCACGCACCUCCGGCUCCAACGCCAAGGUAGGAUUGGUUCAUCACGUUCCUCUCGCCACCUCCGCUUCGAACAAUUGGGGCUCGCAAGUGGAGCAAGCUUUCUUGUCCACCAAUCAUGCGAAAAUGUACCUCGCUCUAAACGCGCUGGCCAUCGAUAGCUGCGUCAUGGGCAAGAGCAACUUGUACAGAAAGAGCGACUUGCAACGAGUGCAAGACGAUUUUUUCGGCGUGGAUGAAGGAGGUACUGGAGGAGAAUCAGGCGCUAUUGGGAGCAGCGCUUUCGAUGCGGACGCUGUUCGCCAUGCGGCCUCGUCGUCUGGCUCGUCCACGGCCAACAACGAUUCAGGACCAGCAGGAUCGCAGGAAAUCGGCCCCAACGCUUUGGUCUCAAAGACGACGUCUAGAGCUCUGGCUCGCUUCUCCAUCUUUUUGGCAGAGGAUAAUAUGCUGGCCCUCUCCCUAUGGCGUCCACCGUUAUCGCUGCACCACGUAGUCUCGCCAGGCGAUGCUGUGUGCACCUCUGUGGGUGGCAUGAACAGUCUGUGGACCUACGCAAGCAGACGAAUGAGGUGGAUAAGGGUGAGGAAAAGAAUGGUGCUGGCUGCUACCAUUGUCGAGCCUUUUACAGAGAGCAUCGUUGCCGGCUUGGUAGCUCUCUUUUCCCUGAGAAGACUGCUGCGAGCUUCGUCCCACCUGUCCGCGGAUCGCACAGAAGAGAAUUACCUCAACGCCACCAACGUCUGGUCUGUCGUAAUUUUCUUGACGCAUGAACUGGCCUGGCACACGAUCGAUGCGGCCGUCAUGAAGAGCUUGAGAGGAGGAGAAAACCUACCACCUGACCAAAUGCCAAGGUUCAGAAUGGCUUGGAUCAUCAGGGAAUGCCUCGCCCUUCCCAUCUGGAUCUGGGCAAUGUGCGGCAGUACGGGUAAGUGUAGUAGCCACCCGCGAGCGGCAACACCUCGAAAACGUCACUGCCCAUAUGCCUGCCUCUCGCUCUUCUUUGGCUUGUGAGCGGCCCUCCACAUUUUACUUACCAUCAUCUCUUUCCCUCGCUUUCUUGGACCACUUUCAACAGUCACUUGGAGAGAUCAGAGGUUCAGGAUUUUGCCCAACGGCAGAGCGGCACACGCUGCUGCUAGCCCCACGCCCUUCUCUUUCGCCGCUCCUUGGCUGGGCCUCACGCGUCACAGCAAGAAAAAUUACUCGAGGCUCGACAACGACUGA